AUGCCCGCGUGGUAUAAUCCACAAGCUGUCUGUGCUUAUCAUUCUGGGGCCCCCGGACAUGCCACCUUUGAUUGCAAAGCGCUUAAGCAUAAAAUCCAAGAUAUGGUUGAAGCCGGGGAGAUUGUAAUCCGGAAAAGGGAGGCGCAAGGGCCGAACGUAAAUAGGAACCCUUUACCGGAACAUGCCAAUACCAUUGGGGUUAUUCUGGAUGAUACGGAGUAUGUGGAACCAGUCAAAGAAUUGGCAAGGGAAGCUGAAGUGUUUGGGGUCACAGACCAACCUUUUGUCAUAGAACUGCCAUUUGAAGAGGACGAGAAACCCUUUAUCUUGGAUCUCACGCCAGCUGAGAGUGAGUCUUUGGAGCCGGUGGUUAUUGAAUUCCCGAAGCAGGAGCCUGUCCUGAGCCUGCAACAAGUACCAUGGAAUUAUGAUGAACCUGACGUGCAGAUUGGGGAAAGGUCAAUUGCAAAGAAGGAAGUAUCAGUGGUCACAAGAUCGGGGAAAAUUGCAAGCCCGUUUGAAGCAACCAUUCCGAUUCAAGCAAAUAACUCUGAGCCACCCGCCAAACCAACAAUUACCGAGAGAGAAGCCUUAGAUUUCCUUAAAAGGCUCCAAAGAAGCGAAUACAAUGUGAUCGAGAAGCUUAGCAAGUCGCCCGCUCAAAUAUCCAUGUUGGAUCUACUUUUUUCAUCAGAUGUGCAUAGGGAUGCAUUGCUCGAAGUACUGACUAAAGCUCAAAUUCCUAGAGACAUUUCAGUUGAUAAUUUCUCACACGUAGUUGGGAAUGUACUCUUCACCAAGCAAAUUACUUUUUCCGACGAGGAAUUGCCGUCGGAAGGCAUUGGACAUAACAAGGCCCUGUACAUAGUUGUGAGGUGCAACGGAAAAAUGCUGCCGAAGGUAUUAAUUGACAAUGGAUCUGCUCUUAAUAUAUGUCCCUGGAGCACCUUGGAAAAGCUAGGAUUGCAAGACGUCAAGUUGAGGCCUUCAGGGACCAUAGUCCGAGGUUUUGAUGGAGCGCAAAGAGAGCCAAUAGGAGAAAUUGAUUUAGUAGUUGAAAUGGGGCCCGCCCAGUUUCAAAUAACCUGCCAAGUCAUGCAUUUUUCUAGUGUUUACAACGUUUUGCUUGGCAGGCCAUGGAUUCACAAGUCUGGGGCUGUGCCUUCUUCAUUGCAUCAAUUGCUAAAGUUUGUAGUGAAUGACAAGCUGAUCACUAUAUUUGCCGAAGAGGAUUGCCUUGUAAUCACUGAUUCUGGGACAAAAGAGGAUGGAAGCCGCAAUGUCACCAUGACUCCCAUAGCACGGCUGAUAUCGUCUCUGUAA